GACUACCUUUCAUUGGCCAAUACAAGUGGUUUUUAAUUCCCGAGAGACCCAAGAGUAUUACGAACUAACGAUGACAGGAAAAUUUCUACUGGCGACGACGAUCCUGUGCCUGAUGGGCGGCAGCGCCCUGGGCGAUGCGAUCCUGGAGGGCACCUACAACGUGACCGCCUUCUGCACGGCCUGCAAGACCGGCAUUCAGCUGGGCAGCAUCGAGUCCUGCCAGAAGUACUAUGUCUGCCAGUCGACCGGACCUGUUGUCGCCGAAUGCCAGUCGGGCUACUCCUACGACUACAAGAAGAGCACCUGCCUGCCCUCCAGCCAGGUGAACUGCUACUACGGUGUGGAUAAUCCUUGUGCCGGAAAGAAUGGAACCUGGGUGCCAAAUACCGGCGUGUGCGGUGGCUACUACUAUUGCGAAUUGGGCGUUUCGAAGGCCGGAUCUUGCAGUAAGAACCAAGUGUUCAACUCCGUAACCGCAGAAUGCGAAUGGGGAUCCUGCGCCACCACCCAAACCACCGAAGGUGCAGUUCUCAAUUCGCUCUGCGAAGUGGUGCCCCCCAAUCAGUACUUUGGCGAUACCAACGACUGUGCCACCUGGAACUACUGCGUGUCCAAUAGCACUGGCGUUUAUGCAUUCAGUGGAAAGUGCGCAUCAACCACAACAAAGCAGAAUGCCUUUAACGUUAAAACAGGAUCCUGUGAUUACACCUCGGAUAGUAUCUGCAGCCGUGUGACCGACAUUCCCCUGAGCAGUGCCGCAGUUUCCUGCCCCAAGGACGGCGUCAAGGAGGGAUCGGCCACCGUUUGUGGCACCUAUAAUGUGUGCACCAACGGCAAGUGGGUUGCCACAAACUGCCCCACUGGAUACUACUUCGACACCCUCACGUCGAACUGUGUCGUGCGCCAAUCGGCCACGCCCACUGCUGGCUGCAACCGUUGCCAGGGCGCCAGCACCAAAUUCGUGAACGCCGUCAAUUCGGAGAACUGCUCGACGUACUACUACUGCAACGCGCAGGGCCAGGCCACCCUGAACACCUGCCCCACCGCGUACUUCUUCAACGAGAAGCUCGGCGCCUGCAAGCCCGAGGACGAUCUGGCCGCUUAUGUGCCGAGCAACGGAGCCUGCUACGGAUCCAAGGCCUCUUCGACCACUGAGGACGGUACUGAAGCCGAGACCACGGCGGAUCCCUCCGGCAAAAUGUUCGACUUGGAGGAAUAGGCCCAGUCAAACGGUCAGGAACUAUUGGAAGGCAACUCGCCGGAACAGGACAAUCUGCAAACACGAUCCAAUGUAUUUACCACUUAGUAUUCAGCUCAUAUAAGAGGCAAUAAACCUAUGUUCGCAAGCAAA